UAUGUCGAUGUAAAUGGUUGUUGCACGAUAGUUUAUUUAAAGACAUCCUAAAGACUAUCAGACAUCGUUUUUAAGAGCUGUUAACUCCCAUCUAUCACCUAUCACCCAUCUAUCACCUAAAGAAUAUCAGACACCACUCAUUCCCAUCUUCUGAAUUGCUGCAAAGGUACUGUAAUCAACAACUAAAUAACUAUAAACAGUAGCAUCGGUUUUAGACUCUAUCCUGAAUUCUUUGCAUUAUUGUGUUUAUUUGAACUAUGUCCGGUAUCCCAAUCAGAAAUUACAGCCUUCGUGACAGACCUAACAGUGCAAAAGCAAAAUGUUCUACCUGUGUAUCACUAAGUCUUGAAAACGACAAUUUGAGGAGACAAAUUGCUCGUCUAACCAAACUUACCCAAGGCUCAGGCCAUGACAAAAUUGCGGUUCCAUUCUCUUGCGGGGACAAUGUUCUUAUCUCUGAACAUGAAUCAGAAACUCAAAACUGUGAAGUUAGCAGUGUGACUGAACUUAAUAGCAACCCAUCUCUUGUGAAUUCUUCUGAUGUUAACAAACAAUCUUCAACCAGUGUUAACGUUGUGGGUAAGUCCAUCAAUCCAUAUCAUGAUUUGAGUCGAGGUGUAUUCAGGUUUGUUGAUACUCUCAAGUUGGAUAUGGAAACACAAUACACACAAACGUUUAACAAUAGGGCUGUAGCAUACUAUGGGGAUUUCCCAUAUGCCUACAAUGGAGGCUUCCAUAACACAAGGCCGUUAAAUGACAAUCCCUUAUUAAAGUCUAUUUUAGAACGUUUACGCUCACAGUUCCCAAGUCUGAUAUUUAACAGCGCCAUGAUCACUAAGUAUGAAAAUGGCAAGCAAGGAAUACCAUUCCAUUCAGAUGAUGAGAGGUCCAUAUCACCAGGCUCCAUGAUUUCCACCAUAUCGUUAGGAGCAACAAGAGUCCUCAGUUUUAGGUCUAAAAGCAAAGUCCACGUUGCCAAUCUUACUCUCUCCCAUGGCGACAUAAUGAUUAUGACCAGAAAAUCUCAGGACAGCUUUGAACACAGCCUUAUUCAGGACCAUACUGAUGACAUGAGAAUUAGCAUUACUCUGCGCCAGAUUGAUGGCAGUGCAACCUUGUCUGCUCCACCCGAUACCUCAAGUAAGCCUUUCGUUACUGUAGGAGAAACUGAACCCUCAAUCAAAGGGAAAUCAUCACCCAACAAAAUCACUCAUAAGAGCACCGUAUCCCCUGCUUCAGUCAAAAGCAAAUCCCUUGCUGUGUAUGUUAGCUCAAGCAUGUUCUCCAAGUUAGAUGCUACAAAACUAUCCUCUGCUCAUCAAGAAGCACAUGUAUUUCACUAUCCUGGUGGCAUUGCAAACGGUAUCAAUGAACGCUUCCACUCAGAUGAAAGAAAGAGGUCAAUUGAUGCAAAUAAUGUGAAGACCAUCGUACUCAUGUGUGGAACUAAUGAUGUGGACUUAAUCCUAGAGAGUCCUCGACACAUGAGGAAUAGAUUAUUGUCACCCGAUGAGUUCACAGGAAAAGCAAAGGCCCUUGAUAACACCAAUCGCUCUAUUGAUAAUCUGAUCCAGUCACUUCACUCGUGGGCUCCAGCUGCAAAAAUUAAGAUCAUAAACAUUUUACCAAGAGAAAGUUUUGCUAGAAAUAAAGUGAUAAAUGACAUCAAUAUCUUUUUAUCUAAGAUUCCUUCCAAAUACUCGUUUGUUAGCUUUAUACCCACAGAGAUGAAUCGAUUUUUGUUUAGUGAUAGAUCUGGAUUUAGGAAAUCAUCUUGUUUUAGUAGAUUUGGGGAAGACAAUGUGCAUCUAAACAGCGAUGGUAUCUUUAAACUAGCAAAGCACAUCAAGUACCAUGCUCACCAUUGAAAUCGACAUGACAUUUCCACCUGAAUAUUUAUUUUGAUUUCAAGUUUAAAACUUUUCUAUUGAAAAUAUUUACAGGCGGAUAAUUUUCACCUGAUUUUAGUUUAAUCAGACACAACGACUAACACGUUUUGUGAAAUGACAAAUAUUCACAACUCAGCUGACAAAUUUCAUAACCUUUGCAUUGGUCACUGUAACAUUCAAGGUGGUCUCCUAAAUUUAGCUAAAAGUAAUGAACUUACUCAACUCAUUCGAGAUCAUAAGCUAGACAUACUUUCCCUAAAUGAGAUGAAUCUUAAUGAUACUAUUGACACAGACACCAUAAAUAUUCCUUCCUCCUUCAACAUUAUGCGAUGCGACAGGCCAAACAGUUCUAGGGGUGGUUGUGGCUUAAUGAUAAACAAAAAACUAGCUUACACAGAAUUAGUUAUGGAUAGUAAGCUUGAUAACAUUGAAGCAUUAUGGGUGAAGCUUAAGAAUAGCAAGAUCAAUGUUUGCUGCUUCUAUCGCUCUGGAAAUUAUUGCAGUGUUGAUAACUUUAUUGAGUACAUUCAUUUUUGCAUGAAAAAAUUGAACGGGAAAAAGGUUAUCUGGAUUGGGGAUAUAAACAUUGACCAGAAUAAUAUCUCAUCAACCCAGUACAAAAAAUUAGAUAUGACCUUGAGAUGUUACAAUCUAGUUCAAACCAUUCAAGGGAUAACUAGAGUUGCUAAACGUGGAGACAAUUUUACCCAGACUACUAUUGAUGUAAUAUUCACUAACUGUUAUGCAGAUUUUGUUCAAUCUUCUGUUCUUGAUGAACGUAUUGGGGAUCAUCAAGCUAUUAUGUGUGAGAUAGAUUGUAAAGUACCUAUAGCUCCUAAAUUUGAAAAGGUUGAAAUUAGAAAUCAUUGUAAACGUAAUGUUAAACAAUUCUUAGACUAUCUAGAUACCUGUUCUGAUUACAGUCCACUAUUGGAAAGUACAGAUGUUGAAGCUAUCACUGCUGGCCUUUGUCAUCAUAUUGAACAGGCAUAUGCAACCUUCUUCCCUUGCAAGACCAUAGAAAGGCAUGAAAAGUUCAUACAUAAACCUUCUACUGAACUUUUAAAUGCCAUUAAUCAUACACAUUUUCUUCUAAAGAAAUUCCGUAAAAAGAAGGAUAAGAGAGACAAUGGAAAUUGCAAUAAAUGUGGUAUAUGUAGCAAAUGUAUAAAGUGUAAUGAGGCCUGGGAUUGCUACAAGAUUCAGAGAAAUAUUAGAAAUAAAUUAGCUAAAACCUGCAAAAAGGCUAAUGUAAUCGAUGAUCUACAAGUUAAAAGUGCCAAGAAUGAUCUUAAAGGGGUAUGGAAAACUAUCAAACUGGCAUCAAAUAUGACCCCUGGUACAACUAAUUGUCAAACUAUCAAUGAGAAUGAUCCUGAGCUAUUUAACUUUCAUUUUGCAAAUGUUGGAUCAAGAUUACAAAAUCAGGCCCCCAGUAUUGAAAGAGUUAGUUUUACUGAUUUUUUACCUCCUAGAACUUCUAACAUCUCAUUUGAUAGAUUCCAAGAAAUAAAUGAAACUGAUAUCCUAAUGUAUGUCGAAACGCUCAAGAAUGACAAGGCCUCAUAUGACGAUGUGCCUCUAUUUUUACUUAAGCAAGCUGUACCACACAUAGUUGAGCCACUGACCCAUAUUGUCAAUUUGAGCCUUAAUACAGGUGUUGUACCAACCCUUUGUAAAAAAGCUAGAGUAACUCCCAUCCAUAAGGCAGGAAUGAAAGAUGAUCCUAAUAAUUACAGGCCAAUAUCCAUCCUUCCACUUGUAGGAAAACUUAUAGAAUACUUUGUCGGCAAGCAACUCACUGAUUACAUGGAAGAGAACAAACUUUUCAUCCGGCAUCAAUAUGGCUUUCGGAAAAAUCACUCCACAACUUAUUUGAUGUACGAUCUGAUGGACGAAAUAUAUAUGAGUAAAUCUAAGUCUUAUAAACCAGGAAUCAUCUUUCUUGAUCUUAAGAAGGCCUUUGACACAGUGAAUCAUGAAAUAUUGCUUCAAAAAUUGGCAUAUUAUGGAAUUGGUGGCAUUGCUUUAACCUGGUUUAAGAACUUCUUAUCUUGUAGAUAUCAAUGCACUAGGAUCAAUGGCAAACUAAGCUCAUUUUUAGAAGUUCUGAGUGGUGUACCACAAGGAAGCAUCAUUGGGCCUAUAUUAUUUAGUAUCUUCAUAAAUGACAUCAUUUAUGCCUGUAACCUAUCUAAGCCCUUUCUAUUUGCAGAUGAUGGUGCACUAUUCUUUGAUCAAACCUGCAGAAGCACAUUUAUAAACAUGAAAAUAGAACUUAUGACAAUCUUUAAAUGGCUCAGUGUAAAUAAAUUAUCACUCAAUGAAAAGAAGACUGAAUUCCUAUUGUUUGAUUCUGUUGAUCAACAUGAUGAAUUAACCAUUGAAUGUAAUGAGGUAACUUUCACAAUCAAGGAGUGCAAAGAGACAAAAUAUCUUGGCCUCAUUCUAGAUAGUAAAUUAAACUUCAAAAGCCAUGUAGAUUAUAUUAUUAAGAAGGUCAUGAAGAGAAUUGGUGCCAUGUAUAGAAGUAAAGCACUGCUACCCAUUAAAUAUAGGAAAAUGUUUGCCAAUGCACUCAUGUUGCCACAAUUCGAUUAUUUAGACACGAUCUAUUGUAGAGCUGGCAAGACAAAACUUGCUGAACUUGACACUCUGUACAAAAAGGUAGCCAAAAUAGCUCUCAACGUUCCACAAACAGAGAGCAGCCUUAAUGUUUAUAGAGACAUGAAAUGGUUACCACUCCAUCUUAGACGACAACUCCAUCUGUCAAAUUAUAUGUUUAGAAUCAUCCAUGACAAUUGUCCUACAAACUUUAUGAACAAAUUUAGUUACAUAUCAGGAGGUAGUAGGAGCGGCGAAAGCUGCA